AUGAAUGCGUCUACUUCGGAACAGCAACAGGCAGGAAAUGGAGGUGAACAGCUCCAAUCACCACCACAGCUGAAACAAGAACAAUCAGUCGAUGAGUUGGAUUCGCUAGCGGACACUGGAGAUAAUAAACCGUUAGACACCAAGUCACCGGGCGACACGCAGCCAUCACAACAAGCACAACCCCAUGCCCACCAUCAUCACCAUCAUCACCACCAUGGAUCACUGCACGGACAUCCACACCAUAACCACCACCAUCACCACCACCACCACCGUCACCAGGCUAUUGGGAGCAAGAAGAACACAAUUUCCAAAAGACUAAAUAAAGUGCAACUUGAUAAAUUACCCAUUCUUGAAAUAUUAAGUACUUAUUUCCCGGAGCGCAAAUUUCUCGGAGGUCUUAUAUACAAUAGCACCACCAGUUGGUCGAACAUUCAAUUGAAAUCGUUGAUUGGGUUGAAGCCGCAAUAUUUGAAUCGGUUAGAGGAAAUCAAGCAAAAUUUUCUAGAUAGAGUAGAGGAGGAAGGACAGAAUCUAACCAUCAAAUACAUACUGGUUAUUCCACCGUUGAAUAACGAGUACAUCAACCAUUUGAUUGAGGUUCGAAUUCCAUACAGAUAUAUCAAGAUAUUUCGAGAGCAAUUCGAAGAAGUCCACCAAGUAAAGAGACAAUUAUGGGGAGGUGGUUCAGGAAUAUACCUGGAUGACCUGGAUCUUCUAGCCGUGUUGGCCCACCAGGGUCUAUUUGAUAACAAUAUAAACUUGAGUGAAUGGAAUGCAGCCUGGCAGCAAAACGAUUUAAUAAUACCCCCAAACUUGGUCUAUGAUGAAGAGUUGAAAAUCUAUAACGGGGAUUUGAAUGUCAGUAUCUUACUAUUACCGGGCUUACCCAACUACAAAGGUUAUACCCAAAACGGAAUCAACUCCAGAUCGUGGCUGCCAUCAAACAAAAACCAAAUCCAUUCCAGGCUUUCCUAUUGCGUAUUCGAUAUCAAAUGGGAACAAUCCGGAAGCUAUCUCAAAGAUUACAAGUAUCGACAUUUAGUGGAAGAAGAAUUACAGAAUGACUUGAAACUAAUUGAAAAUAACUUACUCACAGAGAAAGGAUGGCAGUUCAACCUCGACUACUACAAAAAACUAAAGCAAAAGUUUGACAACUUACAACCUUCAAAAGAUUAA